AUGAAUUGUUCACGUGUAUGUCGUGUACGAUGGCGAAAUAUGUUGUCACGAUUACGUCCAGAACAAAAGUUAUCAAAUCAGAAGGAGGAAUUAGAAUUAAAUGAAAGGAUGACAUUAAGUGAUGAAGCUGAGAGUAUGUUGAAAAAAAUGUUGCCAUCGCUGAUGUCAGGCGAUGAACCGACAAAACAGUGUCAUUCAGAGGAUGAUGAAUUUCUGAAUGUUGAAUCGAAGGAGAAAAUUGAUAUGGAUUCAAUCCGAGCUAGAGGAUUUUUAAAAUAUCGAUAUAACUACAAACCGCCAGAUGAUCUUGAGAGUCAAGUGAAAGAAGUCGUGAAUGAAGUUUUUGUUGAUGUAAGUGACGAUAUACGGAGCAUCGAUCUUACAAAGAAUCGGCGUUUAAAGUUUCAGCUUCUCGAUUUGUUAGGUGAAAGACUGUGUCAUGUAGUUCCCAAUUCUGAAUUACAUCAAAUGAAAAAAGUUGGUGAUUUGAUUGACUUCUACGGACGUCCGUUCCGAAAUCUUACCGAAUAUGCACAGAUGGCUCGCGACAACAAACAGACGUUACCAAAGAACUUACAUAUUAUGGAGCAUCCAUUUCGUUUUCAUCCGGAAGACACUCAUUCUUAUCAUGGAGGUGAAACAGCUUUUCCUGGAAAGGGAGGUGAAGUGAUCAGUUUACGAAACAAGAGACUAUAUCGCCAGUUUAAACCAAAAAAAGAUUGGUUCGAUUUUGAAGAGGAAUCAUUUGAUUAUACCCGUCAAGAUGAAGGAAUGCCUUGGGAUCCAGAAAUUGCGGAACGUAUGGACCGAUACCCAACAAAAAGAUAUAAUUUGAAAACAAAAAGGUUCAAGAAUACGUGA